AUGGACCCUCCUACCUUAAACAAAAACCCAUGGACGGGAUACAUGGAUCGGUUCAGUGCAGAACUACUUAAAGAUGUGGAAAACGAAAUGGUCGGAGUGUACUUCAGGGCGUACGGGUUCACAGACUACACCAUAAACCCCAGCGCCUGGGAGGAACCCCAAUGGACCCUGCAAGACUUCGCCAAUUUUUACAGCUGCCCAGCAAUGGUGCAAGCUGUAUCGUGGUAUGAUAAAAUUUACCUAUCAAAGAACCCAUUAGUUAUGAUUCAGCCAUGGCACGCAGUAGCAGCAGUAAUCCAGGAGACAUUUAGACACGAGCCUGCCAAGGCUGCCAUUUACAUGAGUCUUCACGGCAACAUCAUGCCAAACCCACGACCUAUCGAUUACGCCUUAACGUUCAUACUUAGCCUGCUCCACUACCGAAAUCACAUCCACGACGAAACACCAGCGACCCGGGAUGACUUCCAGACCCGUCAGGCCACAUACGCACAGUCGUUCGGUCGCAAUAAUCCCUUUUACAGGCAAUGGAACGGCUCCGACAAAUGGACGUGCGCGUUCCUCCUCUACCUCGCGCUGUACCACCGGCACAACCAGUAUACGGAGAUGUACAUGAAAAACACGGACGACGUGACCUUCUGCGAUGAGUACGAAAGAGCCUACGGUGCAAGCCAAACUCAAAAAAUCGACUUGUCUACUGUGUGGCUUCACGAAGAUGCCGCCGCCGAGUACGCCAAACGUAAGGGCAGAUUAGUUGGCAAUGUGGUGACCCAGAUAUCUCAGAAGAAGAAUACAAAAGUCAAAUCCACUCCCCAGGCCCCUAAGGCCGAACGUGGGAAGGUGACUCUUUCGAUGUUGGCGAAGCACGUGGGAUCCUACCUUCGGGAUAUAGAAGUGCCAUGGAUUUCAUUGUAA